AUCUGCUCGUGAAUUACAUCCCUUGUAUCACUUUAUAGUGAAAUAUAUGGUGCUCUCCCAGUGACGCCACGGAACUUACGUAAAUCUGCUUGUUUCCGCACCGUCUCUGUCUCUCUUCAUCUCUCUCAAAAUGCAGAGCACGUCGCUUGCUCUGUCUCCUUCGACGCCAUUCCCGAAACCUCGAAGCAGAGGCCUCCUCCCUCGGUCUUCUUCGACUCGCAACGAGUUGCCACUGAAAUCGCUCGAACGCGGAGCUCAUGACUCCGCCCUCUUGCCUCCGAGAGCAGCUUCACGCCUCUGUUUUGCCUCGCGGCCCAAUGCGCAAGUCCCGGCUUCUCCUCCUCCUUCAUCUUCGCCUCUUUUUCCGAGAAGGAAGGAAGAUGACACCAGGGCCAGGGCUGCUUCGGUGCCCGAAAGCGUGGAGGACGACUCCGCGAAGCUGAGCGGCGUCGCGAGGACGCUGCGGCUCGGUGUUAUGUUCGGGGUCUGGUACCUGUUGAACAUCUGUUACAACAUCUACAACAAGCAGGUUCUGAAGGUGUACCCUUUCCCAGCAACAGUCACAGCAUUUCAGUGUGGGUGUGGGACUGUGAUCAUUCUCCUGAUGUGGGCAUCUGGACUCCAUCCAUUCCCUAGGCUCACUCGAUCUCAGCUUGCAACAAUUCUACCACUGGCUGUGGCACACGCCAUGGGGAACCUCCUGACCAACAUAAGUCUUGGGAGAGUGGCUGUUUCUUUCACUCACACCAUCAAAGCUAUGGAGCCCUUCUUCACGGUUGUUCUUGCUUCUCUGUUCCUUGGAGAGAGGCCAUCAUUCUGGGUUGUUUCUUCCCUUGUGCCGAUUGUAGGAGGAGUGGCACUCUCAUCUCUCACCGAGGCUUCAUUUAACUGGAUUGGUUUUGGCAGCGCAAUGGCUUCCAAUUUGAUGAACCAGUCACGUAACGUGUUUAGCAAGAAGUGCAUGGUUAACAAAGAGGAAGCAUUGGACAACAUCAAUCUCUUCUCCAUAAUGACGAUAACUUCUUUUAUGUUUUUGGCUCCCGCAGCUAUCUUCAUGGAAGGUUUUAAGUUUACUCCAUCAUACCUGCAAUCUGCCGCAAGUCAAGGUUUGAACAUUAAAGAGCUGUGUGUGAGAUCUAUUUUGGCUGGAUUCUGCUUCCACAGCUAUCAGCAGGUCUCUUAUGGGAUACUACAGAUGGUAUCGCCGGUCACUCACUCUGUCGGAAACUGUGUGAAGCGCGUGGUGGUCAUAGUCUCUUCCGUCAUCUUCUUCCAAACACCGAUUUCACCCAUCAACUCCCUUGGAACCGCGUUGGCUCUCGCCGGAGUCUUCCUAAGUGAAAAUAGUCUCAUCCUUUAUUGCCCCUCUCCCAACCACAGUCAGAUGCACAUUAUCUGUAAGAUUUCAGUCUCUGGUCCUUUGAAUUUAAUGAACAGUCACAUUAGGUCCUGUCGAAUUUUCAAUUCAAGUGCAUAUGUCACUGACAAUCUUUCUCGACUCAAGGAUCAUCAACUAUGACGAAAGUGCAAUCCAACUUGAUUAACUUUUCCUGUGUCGGCACUGUUGUCAUAAUUACCAAUAAGAUCUGCUGAAAACUACAUGGACAAAAGCAUUGGUAUUCCCACACAAAAAGUGCACAACAAGGCGGUGCAUACUAUAGACUAUACGCAAGUCGGGCUAUCAUUGCCCCAAAUGAAAGAGAAAUUAUAUGCAAAGAGAGGACAUUCCAAGUACGGACCAAUGCUCCAUAGCAAUCCGACUUGGAAUGCUGGAAUAACUUGGGACACAUUCCAAAUUGUUGCUGCAGUCAGUGCAGACUAAACUCACC